AUGCCAACCGAACUUGAAGAGCUGGUGGAAUUCCUGCACCAUGGCAACACCCAAAUCAGACAAAUCGCUUGCGAAAACCUCGUCGGCUUCUCCACGGCCCAGCCUGAAUUGUUUAAGCGCCAUCAACUCCUACCCGUUCGCGAUCUGAAGCUCUUGGUCCGCGAUUACAUUCCAAUUUCGAAGAAUGCAUUGACCAUCCUGAUCAACUUGUCUGGCGAUGAAGAGGUGUUGAAACUUCUGGCUGAGGAUGAGUUCAUCGAGGAUUUGCUUGCGAAAUUGACAAAUGUCGAGGAGCCCAACGCCGAUGAAGUGGCUAUGCUUUUGGCCAAUCUCGUCAAACACGAAAACCUACAGAAAUUGCUUACCCUCAAGCGAAAAGCCCCCGAAACCGUAUCUACCUCCGACAACGCAAUCGAUCAGCUGAUGGACUGUUUCGUGAAGGGUGCUGAGGGUUCUCUCAACAAGCAUGCCAAUUUUGAUUACCUAUCAUACGUGUUUGCCGACCUGUCCCAGACGGAAAAGGGCAGGGCCUAUUUCACCCAACGCCAGGAUUACGAUGAGGUGGUCCCCAUCACCAAGCUGACGGUCUUCACGGAGCACAAGAGCGAUAUUCGGAGGAAGGGCAUUGCAUCCACAAUCAAGAACGUGGCUUUCGAAGUCGAUUCGCAUCCAAUGCUCUUCGACGAAGACGGAGCCAACCUUCUGCCUUACCUGUUGCUCCCGCUUGCAGGUCCAGAGGAGCUGUCGGAUGAGGAUACUGCGGACAUGCUGCCAGAUCUUCAGCUGUUGCCGCCCGAUAAGCAACGAGACAGCGACCCCACCAUCAUCACGACCCAUCUCGAAACCUUGCUUCUCUUGACCACAACCCGGGAUGGCCGGGAUAAGAUGCGAGCAGUCAAGGUUUACCCUUUGAUCCGCGAGACUCACUUGCAUGUUGAAGACGAGAAUGUGACAGAGGCAUGCGACCGGUUAGUGCAGGUCCUGAUGCGAGACGAGGAAGGUGAAGGCGAAGGGGAGCCUGAACAACCUAAAGUCGAGGCACCUAAGAAUGAGGAUGAAGAGGUUGUAGAACUUAUUUCAUCAUCCCCCACCAUCACGUCGACCAAUAUUCCGUUGCAGACGCGGAAGCUGUCUUGUUCCCCGACCCCGAGGCGCAAGUGGCUUCACGCUGAAUCGGAUCAAGCUGGUUCUGAUUUCGAUGAUUGUGCGAGCGACAAUGGAAACUGCCCCGAAAUCGACAAUCUGCCACCCGACGUGAACCCCAACACGGGGAUUGUUCAGCGCUUUCGGGCCUUUAUGUCGCGCGCCCCUCUUCUUCCCUCGACGCCCACCCUGGGUGCUUCCUCUUACGGAGCAUUGCGAACCCCAAACGACUCCGAAGAAGAUAUCUCAGCUUCGCGUCGUCAGAACAUUCGUAGGAGCUUACAACGCGCGAGCUUCGAAAAUGGCAUUGGAAGCUCUUCCAACGUACCAGGGACUACCCCGAAACGAUCACAUUCCUCUGUCCGGCGACGAAACAGCGUGUACGCAGAUAUAGCCAAUCGUCGGCCUUCAUCCGCUACGUCCGAUGUGGGAAUGGGUCCUGAUUCGAAAUACUCGUUUGCCACAGGAUUGGCCGUACCGGGCAACCCGGUGAUGCAGGAGACACCGGCGUCUUCGCCAUAUAUGACAAGUGAUGAUGAAAGUGUUCUUGACAUUGAUGAUGAUGAUUCCAAAUCCUCGAGUGAGGAUCCUCCAGACAAUUCGCCGUAUGCCCAAGUACGAGCUUCGGUUCCGGCGACAGAUGAUAUCACUCUUUCCAUUAACACACCACGAAUGUGGAUUCUCUCUUUGUUAUUCUCUUUGACGGGGUCUGCCGCCAAUCUUUUCUUUUCCUUGCGCUAUCCCAGUGUUGCAAUUACCCCAAUCAUUGCUCUCGUUCUAGUCCAUCCACUGGGCAAGUUUUGGGAUGUGCUUUUGAAACAAACAGGUGAUCCUCUUGAGGUUUUUGAGAACGGAUCCCUUCAUCACCGGGAAUCGCUCUCUGGUGAGAUCGAGGCCCCUCCUGUUCCAUUGGCGUCCCGAGUCAGACUUUGGCUUGCCCAGGGCCGGUGGAAUGAGAAGGAACAUGCUUGCGUCUAUAUUAGCAGUAAUGUUUCUUUUGGAUUUGCUUUCGCGACUGAUGUUAUUGUCGAGCAACACAAAUUUUACAAUCAGGAUGUUCCAAUUAUGUAUCAGCUACUGCUCAUCAUAUCCACUCAGGUUUUGGGGUAUGCAUUCGCGGGUCUCACUCGACGAUUCCUCGUGCGGCCAUCGGCUAUGAUCUGGCCGGGAACCCUUAUGUCCACUGCAAUGUUCUCUACAAUGCACAAGUCUGUCAAUAAAAGGGCAAACGGGUGGAGUAUCUCCCGAUAUAAAUUCUUCGUCGUUGUGUGGGCAGGGGCGUUUCUCUGGUAUUUUGUUCCGGGACUGCUGAUGCCCGCUCUAAGUUAUUUUAAUGUGAUCACUUGGUUGGCACCCAAAAAUGUUGUGAUUUCGAACUUGUUUGGUGUUGCCUCUGGUCUCGGGAUGUUCCCAUUGACCUUCGAUUGGGCUCAAAUUGCCUAUAUUGGCUCCCCAUUACUCACGCCUUGGUGGGCAGCGGCUAACAUCGUGACGGGACUGGUGGUUGUCAUAUGGGUAGUCGCCCCAAUACUUUACUAUAAAAAUACUCUUUUCUCUGCAUAUAUGCCCAUAGUUUCAACAGCAGUGUUCGACAAUACCGGGCGACCAUACAACGUUAGCCGAAUCUUGACCGCGGACUUUUUGUUCGAUGAAAAGGCCUAUCAAGAUUACUCCCCAGUUUAUCUCCCAAUCACCUAUGUGUUGUCCUACGGUGUUCAGUUUGCUGCUUUGACAUCCCUUGUCACUCACACCAUUUGCUGGUAUGGGAAGGACAUCUGGCAACAGACCAGAAAGGCUUUUGAGGAAAGACGAGAAGUGCCAGACAUGGAAACGUACCAGCCCCUUCGUCGAAGCAAUGAUACGGUUCGACAGAGUUAUGACAUCCCAAGGACUAGCUCUCACGAACCGAGCCAGGAAAUUCCAUUGGGAGGGGAUGAUGUCCAUUGUCGCUUGAUGAGGCGCUACAAGGACGCUCCCCUCACGUGGUAUCUUCUCGUGUUCAUUUCCAUGCUCGCCACUGCCAUCUUCACGGUGGAGUAUUAUCCAACACACCUACCUUGGUAUGGGCUGCUCUUGGCUCUUGGUAUUACUUGUGUGUUUUUCAUCCCAGUGGGCAUCAUCAUGGCCGUCACCAAUCAGCAUAGCAGCCUCUAUCUAAUCUGCCAACUCCUUUGCGGUAUUGUAUUCCCGGGAAGGCCUGUAGCGAACAUGAUUUUCGUGACCUACUCAUAUAUCAGUUCUGCACAAGGAAUCAAGUUUUCCUCGGACCUCAAACUUGGCCAUUACAUGAAGAUCCCACCACGGAUUCUGUUUGGCGUCCAGAUGAUGGCAACUUUGGUCUCAAGUCUGACUCAAAUUGGUGUGCUGAACUGGAUGUUCACUUUUGUCCCGGGUCUCUGCACCCCGGAGGCUAUCAAUGGUUUCAAUUGCCCACUUGCUCGAGUCCAUUUCAAUGGCAGCAUUCUCUGGGGAGUCGUUGGGCCUCAGCGCUUCUUUGGCCCCGGAGGGCUAUAUCGUCCGCUUGUCUGGGCCUUUUUGCUGGGAGCUGUGGCCCCUCUCAGCGCAUGGCUUCUGGGGAGACAUAGCAAGAAGAGCUUCUGGCGUAUGGUCAACUUCCCUAUCUUGUUUGGCAGUCUGAGCUGGAUACCCCCUGCAACCGGGCUCAACUUUUCCAUCUGGGCCCUUGUAUGUUUUUUGUUUAAUUAUGUCAUCCGGCGAAGGAGGACCGCAUGGUGGGAAAAAUAUGCAAUGACCUUGUCGGCUGCAUUGGAUUCUGGGUUAGCAUUUGCAGUGGUCGUUGUCUUCUUCGUCUUCAUUUACCCAGGCUGGGUCGAUGGUUUCAAAUGGUGGGGAACGGAGAUUUAUAAACAAGGCUGUGAUUGGAUUGCUUGUCCAUACAAACCACUGGAACCGGGUCAACGAUUCGGUCAGAUUCGUCGUCCAAAAGCAGCGGACCCUUUAGUCCGACCGAAGAGACGGCCUGCGCCUAAACCAGCUGGCGCCACUCCUGGCAAUGGAACAGCCACAAAGACUCUUCCCUCACGGCCACAAACGUCCAACCCCCAGACAAUCCUUCCGUCCGAGCGACCUAUGCUUGAGCUUUCAAACAAUCACAUGUCUGCGAAUGGGUUCAGUGGCCCUUUGCUCAGUGAUAAAUACAUUGAUUAUCCGGUGGUGACGACAAAACGAGCUCUGAUGGAGGGAAUUAAGCACCACAUCGCGCGAUUUGCCUCGAAGAAAAGCGUCGACCCACGUGAUGAAUCACAAUUUACACGACCAGUUCGACUUCACCGCCGCGACCCGCGUUCACGAAAUCAUGAUCCAAAUUCGGGACGGACCGAGAUCGAUGGCCAGCCGAUGGAUGAAGCUGAACGUGAAGCCUUUGAUGCCCGAAAGGCAGCACGUGAAAAAGAGCGAGCGGAGAACCUUUCCCAGAUCGCCCCCGCCCUCGGCUCCACCUCGAAACGACCAAAUGCCCCGAAGCAGAAGACGCAGCAGGUUUUCAAGUCGGAUAUGACCCCUGAAGAGAUUGCAAGAGCACGGAUCAAGUACGAAGAGGCUUUGCCAUGGCACCUGGAGGAUUUCGAUAACCGGCACACGUGGGUUGGAAACUACGAAGCAGCUCUGUCCGAAACGCAUGCAGUCUUUAUCCUCGACAACGGAAAGAUGAGAAUGAUUCCGGCCGAAAAGUGGUACAAGUUCAACGCUAAGAGUAACUUCAAGGCUUUGACUAUUGAUGAAGCAGAGAAAUUCAUGGCCAAGAGAGUGAAAGACCCUCGAUGGUUCAUGGAAAAGCAGCAGCAGUUGGAGCAAGAAAAGGAAUUGGAAACAUACGCUAAGCAGCGCAAAGUCUACGCCGGAAAACAGGGCACGGAUACCAAGGGCGCAGGAUUGGAGACUGGUGAAAUGGAUUUCGAAGAGGAUCGAUUUGCCGACGACGAAGAGCAUGAUGAUCUCUUCAAUGAGGAUGAAGAUGCGAAGGAUGCCGAGAAGAGAAUCAAAGAGGACCAGCUCAAGGCGAAUGUGUUCAAUCUCAAGGACGAGAAAGAGUAUGACGCCGAAGAAAUGCGAGAGAAACGUGAGCGAGAGGCCCGGCGUGUGUUGGGCAAAGGUGUGCGCAAGGCUCUGAAGAAGAGAGAACGGAACUUUGAUUACAGCAGCGGUUCGGAUGUCAAUCCGUACACGGAUGAGGAGAGCUCCGAUGACAGCGAAACCGAGCGGGCCAAGGAGGAGGAACGGAAGAAGGCAGAAGAAGAAAAGGCCCAGAAAGAAGCGACCUCCUCCAAGGGAACAAAUACUCCCUCCGGUCGACCCAAGCAUACAGACGCUUUGAAGAAACCGUCCCGGAAAAGGCUUGGAUCACCAUACGCCUCCGAUGCGAGCGGCACCGAUACGUCUCGAAAGAAGGCCAAAAACAUGCAUCUCCCUACGUCCCAACCCCCGUCGCGUCCGAUCUCUCCAUCCGCUUUGCAGGGCAAGAAACGCGUGCGAAACAUUCCUGGUGGUCCUGGAUCAGGCAGUGAUGUCGACACUGGUGUCGGAUCUGGAGCUGAAAUGACCGAGGGUGGCAAGAUCAAGAAACUGAAACUCAACCCCUCUACUGUGGCUUCUCGCGGUGGCACUCCACAAGGGUCUCGCGCCGCAAGUCCUUUACCUCGACUCUCCGGAAGCCGUGCCAACAGCCCCGACGGUCCCAGAGGCCAUCGUAUGUCGACGCCAGUCUCUGGAAACCAAACCUUCCCGACGGCCGGCGAAAUCCAUGCAGCCAUCCCAGCAUCUGGCAUCCUCAGCAGCGAUCUCUUGAAGGUGUUCCGUCCUCGCAUUGGUGAAUCCAAGGAGAACCAUCGGAAAUUCAUUGCCAUUGUCAAGGAUGUUAGUGUUUACGGGAAAGAGGAUCGUAUGCUGCGACCAGGUCCCUGGAAGGGGAACUGA